UCCUCCCCUCUCCCAGGGAUGGUUUCCAUCUGUGAGGCCUCGCUCCCCUCCCACCCUUGUUUCGGGUGCCAGGCUGGGGUCUCAGCCGUGCUGAGGCACUGAGGGCAUCCCUGGCCUUUGCAUCAGGAUUUCCCCUCGGUGGUUGUGGUUCUUCUCCAGAAGCCAAGGGGAAGCUGCGGUUGGCGAGGUGGGGGCGAGCUGUCCCCUGAACCUGCUGCCAGCGCCUGCUUCCCCCAGACCGGGCAGGGCACGGGUGCACCCCCAGGCAAAGCACCCCAUCGGGGUCCCCUACACUGCUAGAGCCAAGAGCUGAGCUGCUGCACAGGGGCCUGGGGGUCCUGGCUCCCCCUCCCCACCCCACAGCCCACGCACAGGGGCUUGGCUGUGCUCAGGGAGGGGCCCGGAGGUCCCACUGCCCCGUGCUGGCCACAGUGCCUCAAAAGGUGAGAGCUGGGCUCCCCCAGCCUCCCACAGCCCCCACUUCCCCUUUGCUUUCUAGGAACUGCAGAAAGUACGUGAAAGGGUACAGUGCUCCCGUCCCCAGGGUGGGGUCUUCUACAUGCCCUCGACAUGGGCUGGCACCAGUGGGGUGGCAAAGGGGCAGCUGCUGACCGGGGUGAUCUCUGUCCCUACAUCUCUGCACAGGAUCCCAUGGGACACAGAGGGGAGGGAAGGGUGAGACAACCUGUGCCGGGCUGGGGGCAUCACCCUGAGCCUCUGUGGGAACCCGUCCCUCUCCUUGGGGACCCACGGCAGCACAUCCAGAGGGGCCCAGCCCUGAGCUGCCCCUCUCCAGACCCCCGGCACAGGUGCUGAUAGACCUCACUGGUCCCCCUGCCCUGCAGCAGGGCACUGUGCAGACCCUCAGGUGGGGCAGGACCCCUCUGGGAGAGCUGGGACCACCCAGAACCCCCCACACCAUCCCAGGUGCCCAGCUCUGCCCCUCCCACCAGGGCGUCCGGUGCCCCCCAGCCCGGGAAGUACCAGUGGUGAGUCCCAGGGCUGGGUGGGUGGGGAGUGGGGGGACGAGCGUGGGUCCCAUUCUCCAGUUCUGAGAAUUGUGAUGCUGCUGUGGCUGCACCUUGGGGCAGCCCCACGGAGUCCAGCCCAGUAUAAGACCACAGCCCCCAGCCCUGCUGAGCCCACCAGAGACACACGCAGAGAUGCUGGUGCUGGUGGGACUGGUGCUGUUCCUUGUGCCUGCAGAACCCCUGACUGCCUUCCCCCCGAAGUUCCAGGUGGGGAAACUCAACCAGGACGUGGUGGUGCAAUGUGACACUUCAGAGCAGCACAUCUACUGGACACUGAACGGCGAGGAGGAGCCCAUGGCCGAACUGGUGCCUGAGGGCCAGAACCUCACCAUCCUCGGCUUGGACCUGCCAGCCACUGGCAACUACAGCUGCUGGGCUGGCCCCGUCCUGCUGGACACCACCUACGUGGUGGUCAGCGGCACCCGUGAGGAGAAGAUCAAUGUGUCCUGCCAGGCUGAGUCCUACAACGGCUCCUUCCACUGCUCCUGGCCUGGGCCUCCCUCUGCCAUCUUCCGAGCUCGCCUCACACGCAGCGAUGGCUCCGUGGGGCCAUGGGUACCGGUGGCCAGUGACCAUGGCCAGUUCAACACCAGCCUUGCUGACCCCUGGUUCUGCCCCUUUGGGGAGGAGCUGCACCCGCUCCAGCUGCACCUGGAGGGGCUCUCGGACACCUCCUACCUCAACCUCUCCAGGCACUUCUUCCUUCGCGACAUUGUGCGUCCUGAUCCACCCCAGGAGCUGAGCCUGCAGCAGCGGGGGCAGCAGCUCCACCUGGCCUGGGCCCCCCCAGCCUCCUGGCCGCUCCCCAAGUCCUACUUUGCUCUGCUCUACCAUCUACAGUAUGAGCUCCACAACGGCACCCAGGUUGAGCAGUUCGUGGAGGGUGUGGAGGAGACUCCGGUGCAGGAGGGGGCACGACGGGUGCGAAUCAGCUGCCGGGAUCCCUACACACCCCCAGCCUGGAGCCCCUGGAGUGCCUGGAUGGGCCUCGAUGUGCCCCAUUAACAGAGGCUUUGAGAGUGCUGUCCCCAAGAACGGGCACCUCCUUUCCGCAGAACCCCCAUCCCUUUACAGCUCAGAAAAGGAUUUUUGCCCCUAUUAAAACUCUGGGAUUGG